AUGGCACUCUCUCAGCAUCCCGGUUUGCAGCUUGGCACCAAGGCCUUUGCUCUCAUCGCUGUCGGGUUCGGCGUCAACGCCCUCUUCCGCCCUGAACACGCUCUCAGCUUCUUCGAGUGGGAGAUGCCCACCACCCUCGCCGAAAGACAGCUAGUCGAAAGCCUGCUUUACGCCUACGGGGUCCGUGACAUUUUCUGGGGGUUCGCCACCUGGAUCGCCGCUGCCUACGGCACACCGAAAGCUGCCGGCUGGACUCUGGUGGGAGGCAGCGCGGUGGCAUUCGCUGAUGGGAUAAUUUGUUACUCUUGGGGACAUGGUCAGUGGGGUCACUGGUCCUAUGCCCCUAUGUUUACUUUGCUCGGGGCUACUCUGUUGGGUGUGUUUGACAAGGCAUAG